AUGGCUCUUACGACAAACGCGGCAGGCACGGAUACCGUUGAUCCGCUGUUCAUCGGGUCUGCAAUCCGCCCUCGUUGCUUUGGCGAUCGGAGUGGAGAGCAGCUUAGGUUUGACUACCAUGCCAGUAAGAAGGCAUGGAUGAACGGCGAAAUCUUCAAUUCGUACCUGGAAUCGCUGAACGAGCGCAUGGUGGAGGAGGACUGCAAGGUCCUCAUGCUUGUCGACAAUGCACCAUGCCACAAACUGGACGAAGACACUGCGCUGUCGAACGCGCACGUGAAGCAGCGGCAGCUCCAGAAUGCAUUGGAGCAUAUAGACAUGGGCGACGUUGCCCGCGAUACUGGCAUCUCCUACGAAACCAUCAUGCGAAAGGUUUGCCUGCUCAAGGCAGGCAAGGACCUCAUGCCAAAGCGGCGUGGUCCCAAGCCACUGUUUCCGGACUCGUUCGAGCAAGACAUGGCCGCCUGGAUCUCAGCCAUGCAGCAAGAAGUCAUGCCAGCCACGAGGUUCGUUAUACUGCUCAAGGCCAACAAGCUACUCCGACGCCUCGACCCGCUUCGAACGGUUACCGGAAGUUGGUACCGUCGAUUCAUGAAUCGCCACCCCGAGCUGACCACGCGUCUUGCGCAAGUGAUUUCCAAUGCUAGAAAUAGCGUUGAUGAGGUUGGCUUAAAAAGGCUUUUCGACUCGAUGGAAGAAGCUAUUCGCGUGCAUGGACUUACCGCCGAGCGUAUAUUCAACAUGGAUGAGACAUCGUUUGCCUCGCGACACAAGCCAAAGGACGUUGUGGCUCUGAAGGAGUUCGGAGACAUGCACUCCAUAUCCAAAGCUGCAGCAAUUUCAAUCGCUUCAAACGCGUGGACUAACCAUGUCUUGCCAACAAAUCUGGUCAGCGGAUUUCGAACGUCUGGGCUGUUCCCUGUGUCAUUGGAACAAAUGAUGACACGCUUUGAAAGGUUCAAAGAAGGCGGCGUACCUGAAACGCAUAUUCACGCGGAGUGGCUGGAGCGCCGCGUUGAGCUUCGGCGUGAACUGCUUUGCUUAUCUGCAGCAGCAAAAAAACGUGUUGGUCGCAAGCGCAUUGACGUCGCCGGGCGCAUUCUUACCCUAGAACUCAUGCACGAAAUUGAUCAAACGAAGAAAGAACGGGAUGCAGCGGCUAAGAAGACAAAGGAGAUGCGUGCAAUCCGAGCCAAAAAGAAAAAGAAAAAUGAAAUUACCUCGAUCGGCGCUGACGAGCAAGGCCUUGAUGAUGUGGACGGUAACGAAAACAAUGUCGGCGACGACAACGAAGACGGCGACAACAACGAAGACGCAGAGCUGGCUGAAUUCGUUUGCCUAGAGGAAGCACCCCACUUGACCUCCGGCCUCUGGCCUACACGCUCUGGAAAACGGACUUCGUGUCCCAAGCCACGUCCCGCGACCUUGCAAAGUUCUACUCCACGCAGGACUCUAUCGGCGACCGAUCGCGAUGCGCGUCUCGCUGAGAUCAAGGCGCACACGACCGCCAUCCAACGUAAGGUCAUUGCCCGUGAGGUGACCAAGAAACUAGCGAAUCAACGCUCUGCGGCGCACACCUUUUUGGUCUCAGCCAUUUCUACCAACCUCCGGCGCCUCUAUCAGGCCACUACGUGUCCAUUGGAGCUCUUUGAGCGCAUUAAAACACGUUUCGAGUCGAACCCCAUGGACAACAACCCCACGGUCAUUGCCAGCUAUCUGCGCACUCUCAAGUUCACCGAUGAGAGUUGUAUCGACACUCUAUCCGUGGAGCUUAUUGACCUUGUCAAACGCUACCGGAUGUCUAUGACGCCGCCGUCGUUUAAUCCUCUGGAUCCAUCGGCAAUCUCGUCCAUUGAUUACCGCGACCUUAUUUGA